CCAAGACGUCCACCAUCAUGUGCAACACCAACCCAAGCACGCUGCUGCCGUACGGCUUGAAGAUACCUACCCCGACUCCAUAUUUUCCGUUUUCUCCGACCGGGGUCACCCAUCUGCCUGGCCUGGACUUCCAAAGAUCUCAGCUGUGUGAUUAUGGUGCCCGACUUCAGUAUGGAUUCCGAGGAUAUCCGUCUCCUCUAGGACUCAGUCCAUACCACGGCCAUCUCGCUGACCCGUAUACCCAAGCAUACCUGUACAAACACGACCUACGAGCAAGGUACAUCCAAGAAGAACCGAAGCCCAGUCAUAGUUACAUCGGACUCAUCGCUAUGGCGAUCCUCAGCCACAAAGACAAGAAACUCGUGCUUAGUGACAUUUAUCAGUGGAUUCUGGAUAAUUACGCUUAUUUUCGGACCCGUGGACCAGGUUGGAGAAACAGUAUACGACAUAACCUGUCACUAAAUGACUGCUUUAUCAAAUCAGGCCGCAGUGCUAAUGGCAAAGGACAUUAUUGGGCCGUCCAUCCGGCCAACGUUGACGAUUUCCAAAGAGGAGAUUUCAGAAGGAGACGUGCUCAACGGAAAGUCCGUAAACACAUGGGCCUGGCCGUCCCCGAUGACGAGGACAGUCCCAGUCCGUCCCCAACCCCACAGGCAACUUGGGACGAGAAGGAGGAGGACACGGAGGGGGGACCCAAGUCGCCUGUUCAAGAUAUGAGAGACGGAAGUUUUGAGGUAGAGGAGGGUACCGAGAGACCUCAGGUCCCACCCGUCCCAAUAGUUGUCCAGCCUGUGAAGAAAAGACUGUUUGAUGUCGAAAGUCUCCUCGCCCCCGAAAUCAAACCUGUACCCCACCCUCCAGUAUUUCCCAAACCCGUGCACCACCCUAACCACGAGAGUGACGCUCAUAUAGACAUUGUUUCUGAUGGAGAAGCGCUGGACAUCUGUAAUACUGAUAGCGAGGACCAAGGUGUUGGGGAGAGCUGUGAUGGGGCGACUAGUUUACGUCGUGAGACGUCUUCAGCCCCGGCGACAUCGACUAGUCCCCCUCCAUCCCCAUGUCGCAGUAUAGAGGAGUCAGACAAAACCCCUAGUCCAGAUUCUGUAGCAAAGCGACCCGAAGGACUCCCAUGGCCUAUGUCAACCUUAGGGCGUUCCCGUCAGAGCGCGUUCCAUGCCACAUCGGCCGCGGGGUGGGAUACCUACACUACUUACAUCUACCCCAUGUUCAGCUCCACGUACCCGGUGGUCCUACCCGGAUCAUCCCUCACCCCCGAGGCCGCGAGUAAGUGGAGGGAGGCGGUGUAUGGCCUGGGAUCAGCCCCGGCUGGGAAGACCCCGGAGGUGGACAGGCGAUAGACAACAGCAUAAUAAACUGGUGAUGGCAGACUGCGAAGAGACAGGAUGAUCGUCUUCAGAUCGGCUCGAGUUUCUCUCAGAUUAGAGAUGAGAAGACGUGUGGUCCGAACAGACCGUCCCGCGUGCUGGGACGGCACAACAGUUGAUGUGACUCACAGAUUCUUUAUCAAAUAAAAACUGUAAUAUUCGUGAGAAAAUAUUUGGACGGACAUCAUCUGUCUCUGGAGAAAAAUCCAAAUGUUUUCGCCAAAGUUAUUAACAUUAGAACAUCGCAAAAUACUGAACCAGCCCAUAGUGCAUAUGUAAACGAACUUCCUGGGAUCUCCCACAGAGAAAGUGCUAUGUUUAUGGUUGAAGAACUCAACGUCAGUUAUGCCAACAUGUUAUCAAUGAGAUAAAAUCUUCCAGACUUUAUCCAGCAACCCGAACGCCUCAAAAACUGAUGCCAAAGACAUAUUGUGCAAUGACCAUCAAUUAUCAGCAUCUAUAUAGAGAAGUGGCCAGUAUUCUGGUGGUGACUGUAGACCCAAGCGUUGUGGUGGUAGAACACGCACUCUGUUUCUAGGACAGUGACAGGUAGGGGUAUUGUUUCUGUUAACUAUAGAAGCAGACAUUAUGUACAAUCCAAACUGUUGUAAUAUACUUGUUUUAUUUCAAAUGAAAAUCAAAGAACGGGUGUUUUGUUCGUCAUGAAACUGAACAAUGAAAAUAAAUAAUAAUGUAAGUGUA